AUUUUGAGGCUUUGGCCAACUGCCAAACGCGGCAAUAGCCUGCUACUCUUCACAGUCGAGCAUUCGAGGCUAUAAAUACCGCUCGGCCACUUCUCUGAAAGGAGGAAGUAGGAAUUUCUUGUCGUACUUUUUCCCACGGGGGCAGCGCUGGAGAGAUGGAGACGAAGGCGCUAUCUCAAAACGGCGAUCUCAAAGUGGACGGCGAACAAUUUGACAAUGGCGUAUCCUCGCUAAUUUUCCUCGGUACUGGCUGCUCCAGUGCGGUACCCAACGCCCGGUGCCUUCUCCUCCCGACGGAUCCACCGUGUGAGGUCUGCUCCCAAUCGCUCUUCCUGCCUCCGGAGAAAAACCCUAAUUACAGGUGCAACACUUCUCUCUUGAUUGAUUAUGUUGAUGAAAAUGGCGCCCACAAGUAUAUAUUGAUUGAUGUUGGUAAAACAUUUAGAGAACAAGUUCUGCGUUGGUUUACGCACCAUAAAAUUCCUUGUGUAGAUUCCAUCAUUUUGACACAUGAACAUGCAGAUGCUGUACUAGGUUUGGAUGAUAUCCGUGCAGUGCAGCCAUUUAGUCCAACAAAUGAAAUAGCUCCAACUCCGAUUUACCUCACUCAACAUGCAAUGGAAAGUCUUGCAGAAAAGUUUCCUUAUUUGGUUAAGAAAAAUUUCAAAGAAGGAGAAGAAGUAAGACGUGUUGCUCAGCUUGAUUGGAGGAUAAUUGAAUCUGAUUGUGCGAAACCAUUUAUAUCAUCUGGCCUAGAGUUUGUUCCUUUACCAGUGAUGCAUGGUGAGGAUUAUGUUUGUUUAGGCUUCCUCUUUGGAAAACAGUCAAGAAUUGCGUAUAUUUCAGAUGUUUCACGCUUCCCUGCUACUACCGAGCAUCUUAUUUCAAAGGCUGGAGGAGGGCAACUUGAUCUUCUCAUUUUAGACACCUUGUACAAGAAAGGUUCCCACAACACCCACUUUUGCUUGCAGCAGAGUCUUGAUGCUGUUAAUAGAAUUAGGCCGAAGCAGGCUUUGUUCAUUGGGAUGACGCAUGAUUUUGAUCACCACAAGGAUAACAAGGCAUUGGCAGAAUGGUCCAACAGAGAAGGUAUUCCGGUACAACUUGCUCAUGAUGGAAUGAGAAUCUUCUGUGACUUGUAAUUAGGUAUGUUACUUGUUUAUUGUUCUUUACUUUGAGAGUUUGAUGACUUUGGUCUACUUUGAAAUAUUUUUCAUGGAGAAAUUUUUUUCUUUUUUAUAUGGGUAACGUCAUUAAGGUUUACUAGUACCAA